UGACUCAGCUUCUUUAUUAGAGCAAACAGAACAUCAUCAAAGCAGCAGUAGCAGCAGCAGCAGCAGCGGCAGUGCUUUCCCCCCCAGAACCUGAGCAGUAUCCCUGUAAGUGGAGUGGACUCAAUGUUUUCGCCACUUCCCAAGGAGCAUCCUUUAAUUUUUCUAGGUUUGGCAUGUUGUAAACAUUUUUUGGAGUGACAUUUUCCUUUUUUCCCCCUGAGAGGAUUAUUGUGUUUUGAUCUGGAGGUGUCUUCUUACUUUUUGGAUAUGUUAGCCAGCAUCAUGAAGACAACAUGGGUGGCUGAUGUCUUGUUGUUGACUAAUUAGCUUUUAACUGAGUGUCAGUUUUGUUCACUAACUUAUGAAUUUACUAACAAACUGGUACUUCUCUUUAAUGUUUUUCUGGCUGUUUUUUUUUUUGCUGACUGCUUAGUUUGCUGGCUGAGAAACCAAUCUUCUCUUUUGUUCACUGAAUGACUGACUGGCUGUGGUGUUUAUUGUCUGGCUGACAAAUUGCUAUUUGGUUCAUUAAACACAGGCUAACUGCUUAUGUUAUUAACUGACUGGCUGACUGAGCUACUUGCUAUUUAAUUCCCUGACUGGCUGCCUUAGUUAUUUCACCUGUGCCUGCUGCAUAGCUGAUUAUUUCGUACGCAGGCUUACUAUUUUGCUGACUGGCUGGGAGUGGCAUCAUCAUUGUCACACUCUCGCUCUGUGAUUGUUUGGAUUUGGAGGAUGUGUGAUGGAGAAGAGGAGAGGCUCAACAUAAGAAAAUUCAAAGAAGGAAAGAUCUAGGAGCAGGAAGCAGAAGAGAAAAGAUAGGAGGAAGAAACCUCACAGGAGAAAAUUGGAUUUUGGAGCAAAAGGAAGGGAGAUUGUCUGGGAAGGAAGGGUGGCGAGAGGAGGCGUGGCAGCGGAGAGAGAGAGAUAGAGCAGCGAGAGAGAGAAGGGGAGGAGAGUGGAUGCAACCCACACCCUGAGAUGCUGUGCUGGCUGAGAGAAGACGAGAUGUCGGUCCAGGAACUGCUACAGAGGGUGCAGUGUGUCAUCACUCAUGUUGAUGAGAUCAUGCAGCAGGAUAUCAGGCCCCUGCUGGCUGUGGACAUCAUAGAGCAGCUUCAUCGCCAGUUUGCCUUGCUCUCAGGAGGGCGAGGGAAAGAUGGCGCCCCCAUCAUUAUCUUCCCAGAGUACUCAGGCUUCAGCGAAGUGCCAGAGGAAGACUUCCUCAAUGUUGCCACCUACUUGACCAGCAUACCCAGUCUGGAUGCUGCCAGUAUCGGCUUCAUUAUCAUCAUCGACCGGCGAAAGGACAAAUGGAGCUCAGUGAAGGCCUCUCUAUCCAGGAUCGCUGGGGCGUUUCCAGGAAACCUGCAGCUGGUGUUAGUGCUGAGGCCAUCAAGGUUCUUCCAGAGGGCUAUAGCAGACAUUGGGAUCAAGCUGCACAGGGAUGACUUUAAAAUGAAGGUACCGAUUGUGAUGUUAAACUCUCUGUCGGACCUGCACUGUUAUGUGGAUAAAGCCCAGCUGACCCGGGAGCUAGGAGGAAGCCUGGAAUACUGUCACAGCCAGUGGAUCCACCACCGAACCGCUAUAGAGAACUUUGCCAUGACAGUGAAAAGCACAGCCCAGAUGUUACAGAAGUUUGGGACAGACCUGGCAGAGACAGAGCUGCCCAAUGAUGUCCAGUGCACCAAAGACCUGCUCACCUCACACACCAACAAACACGGCAACCUGAAGGAUGAACUGAAGCUUGCUUUGAAGCAGGGCACUACCUUGUUAGGUUGUAUCAAGGAGCAGGCAGCCAAGUCAGAGAACCACAAACUCAACCCAGAUGAGCUGGAGAACCAAACCACUGUGGAAAGACUCCUAGCCCAGCUGGAUGAGACAGAGAACGCCUUUGAACAGUUCUGGUGUAAACACCAUCUGAAACUGGAGCAGUGCCUGCAGCUACGCCACUUUGAACAAGACUUCAGAGAGGUCAAAGUGUCUCUGGAUAGUUUGAUGGACAGUCUAACCAACCUAUCAGAUAUUGGCGAUUGUGUAAUCAGAGUUGAACACCUGCUGAAGGAACUGAAAGCACUGGAGGAGAAGGCUCUGCCCACACUAGAAAAGGCCCAGCUCCAUGCACUGCACGGUGACCAGCUGAUCCAGAGCAAUCACUACGCUGUGGACUCUAUACGACCCAAAUGUGUGGAGCUCCGACGGGUCUUUGACGACUUCAGCAAUGAGUCCAAGAAAAAGACGGAUGUCUUGUCCAAAUCCCUGCAGAUACACAUGGGAAUUGAUAAGGUAAACCAGUGGUGUGAGUCUGGCAUCUACCUGCUGGCCUCCCAGGCUGUGGAUAAAUGUCAGUCACAGGAAGGGGCAGAGUCAGCACUGACUGACAUUGAACACUUUCUGGAGUCGGCAGAAAAGAACCAACUGACUGAACUGAGGAACCUUCAUAACCAGUAUGAGGUUGUCCUGUCCGAGGAUAUCAAGGCCAAUGUCCUGAAGGCACUGAAGCGCCUUGAGGAUGUCCAGGAGAUGUUUCAGAAGCGACACGUCAGUCUGAAGAGGCUGUCAGCUAAACAGACGAGGCCCGUCCAGCCUGUUGCCCCUCGGCCUGAGUCCUCUCCCAAACGGCCUUCUCUGAAGAACACUCCCAGGACUACAGGGAGCCAGCAGCCUCUGGCUCGCAGAACUUCCGAUAACUCCAACAGUGGCAAGCAGCCAGCUGAAGCUGAUCCCAGCAAGAGGAAGAACAUACGCAAAGCCAAAGGAGGCAUCAAGAUCGAGGUGAUGCAUGAGGAAAGCCAAGGAGGCUCCACCCAUGUGGUUGUGAACAACGAGACAGAGGAGAGUCUAUCCAACAGACGCAGACACAUCAUGACUGAGCUGAUUGAAACAGAGAGGCUAUACGUGGAGGAACUGCAAAGCAUCAUGGAGGGUUAUUUUGCAGAGCUGGAUAACUCAGAGCUCAGCCAUCUCAUCCCCCCGUCCCUGGAGAACAAAAGGGAUGUGCUGUUUGGCAACCUGCCAGAGAUAUAUGAAUUUCACAAUAGGACAUUUCUGAGGGAGCUGGAGGACUGUGUAGAGAAACCAGAACUGGUGGGAACCUGUUUUCUGAAAAGGAAAGAAGAGCUUCAGGUGUAUGAGAAGUACUGUCAGAAUAAACCCCGCUCUGAAGUCCUUUGGAGACAGUGUGGAGACAGCCUCUUCUUUCAGGAAUGCCAGAAGAAACUGGACCACAAACUGUCUCUGGAUGCCUACCUGCUGAAGCCUGUCCAGAGGAUCACCAAAUACCAACUCAUGCUCAAGGAGAUGCUGAAAUGCAGUAAGGGGGAGUGGACGGCUGAGUUGGAGGAGGCUUUAACCACAAUGCUGGACAUCAUCAAGUCUGUCAAUGACUCCAUGCACCAAAUAGCCAUCACUGGCUUUGAGGGUAACCUGAGUGAACUGGGGAAACUACUGAUGCAGGGAUCCUUUAAUGUGUGGACUGAUCACAAGAAAGGCCACAGCAAGGUGAAGGACCUGGCCAGGUUUAAGCCCAUGCAAAGGCACCUGUUCCUGUAUGACAAGAUGAUGCUGUUUUGUAAGAAACGUGAGGAGACCACAGAUGGACACGAGAAGACCCCAUCCUACAGCUUCAAACACUCACUCAAGAUGAGUGCUGUGGGGAUAACAGAGAAUGUCAAAGGUGACAUCAAGAAGUUUGAGGUGUGGUACAAUGGCAGAGAGGAGGUUUACAUCAUCCAGGCUCCAUCCAUGGAUGUGAAAAAUAUGUGGGUGUCAGAGAUUCGUAAAGUUCUUACAGGCCAGCUAGAGGCAUGCAGAGAAGCCAGCCAGCUAAACAUCUACGGGGCCCCCAUGAGGAAUGUGCGUAAGAUGACACUGAGACAGUCCGAUUCAUCAAGUCCAGAGUCAGGCUUCAGGAGGACCAACCCCAGCCCUAAUUUGAGGCAGAAGAGGGUUGAUGCUUCAGCCAGCCAAUCAGGCCACUCGGCUGCUAAUGCUAGGAAACGCUUCACCUUGCAGGGACUUUCCAACAGGAGGUCUCUUCCAGCAGAGCCUGCUGCUAAGGAGGCAGAGGUCACCCGCCGCUUCUCUCUCACCUCCUCUCUUGCCUCCUCUUCCUCCUCCUCUUUCGCUACACGGCGCACUAAAGGUCCCCUGUCUGCUAGCAUAAAGAGCAAGAGACAUGAGAUAAAGAGUGAUCCUACUCCAUUUGGUUACGAAGAUACUUUGCGUGGUGCUAUGGCUGCAGUCAGGAAACGUCAGAGCAUGACUAGCAGCACUGCUACUGCUGCUGGCAACAACCCAGCUGUCCCUAGAUCCACCUCCCAACCAGGCUGGGCGCCACGGCGACUCCCUUCCAUGGAAACAGAUGACUUUGAGACGAUCCCGUCCAGUGCAGAGGAAUCUUCCAACUCUUCAGAAGAGGAAGGCAAUAAUAAAAAUGGUGACAGUGGUCGUUACCGGGUGCAGCUGACCUAUGAGUCUCGUGAAGCUCGAGACCUCUCUCUCGAGACGGGUGACCUGGUCCAGUUUCUGGAGGAAGCAGAGAGCGGACACUGAUAUCUUCAGUGAUCUGUGUACAGCAGCACUCUCUGACUUGGAUGAAAAUGAAGCCAGUACAUGGGGAGAUGUGUCUCAGGAUAGCAGAUAAACAUGGCUGACUAUUGUAGUUCAUUACAUUGGACUACAAACAUGUUUGUUGGAUCACAAACAUGUUUUUUCAACUGUAAUUUCCUAAGCUGGACUUUAAAUAUCAACGACUAUUAGUUUUCUACUUGUAGUUCUUCAUGUUGGACUACAAAUAUGGCCUGAUAUUGUUUUGCAGCUGUGGUUUUUCAUGUCUGACACAUUAAAGCUUCUCAGUGAAGUCUCUAGAAAAAGCUGGAACCUUAACAUGCCCGAAUGCUACAGUGGGAAAGCUAUAUAAGACUUUUAAUUCCGGAAGUACCUGCUGUCAUCUGUGGAGAGCUGAAGAUUGCAUGGAUGUGGACAAUGGACUUUACAUCCUAAGUUGGAUUAAUUCAGACCUUGUACUGCACGGAUUGGGCUGAAUCCCUGAAAAUUCAAAUCCUAUUUCAGACUUGGAUAAUCUUAGAGAAUGUGAUGAAUUCCAAGUGUUGGUUGUGAGCAGGCUUUGGCAAGGUGCCCUGUUUUGCUGCUACACUGCUCUGAAGCAAAACUCUUUCAGACCAGGUUCUGCCUCUGCUGCCCUCCUUCAGCCGCUUCGACUUUUCAGGUUCAAACUACAGACACUUCAACAUAGCUGCAGUCUCCAACAGAACCUAAACGUUGUCUUACUGCCUUUCUUCACCCUAAAACAGCGCCCUCAUAAUACAUUACAUUAUAGAUAAAGACAAAUUUCUCUCAAAUUUGGGCACAAAUUACUUAAAAUCUGUGUUAGUGAGCACUUCUCCUUUGCCAAGAUAAUCAAUCCACCUGACAGCUGUGGCAUAUCAAGAUGCUGAUUAAACAGCAUCUUUACCUAACAGUUGUGCCUUCGUAUUGUCACAAUAAUAGGCCGCUCUAAAAUGUGCACUUUGAUCACACAGCACAAUGCCACAGAUGUCCUAAGUUUUAAGGGAGCGUGCCAUUGGCAUGCUGACUGCAGGAAUGUCCACCAGAGCUUUUGCCUGUGAACUGAAUGUUCAUUUCACUACCAUAAGCUGACUCCAAUGCCAUUUCCCUGAAUUUGGCAGUACAUCUUAACAACCAAAAGUCGGUUGCAAUGACUGCCAGGUCAAGACCCUGGUGAGAACAAUGAGCAUGCAGAUGAGCUUCCCUGAGAUGGUUUUUGACAGUUUCCGCAGAAGUUUUUCAGUAGUGCAAACCAAUUAUUGUAUCAGCUGUCCUGGUGGCUGGUCUGAGACAGUGUUGCAGGUGAACAUGCUAGAUGUGAAAGUCUUGAGCUGCUGUGGCUACAUGUGGUCAGAGGUUGUUCAGCUGGUUGGAUGUACUGCCAAAUUCACAGAAACGAAAUUGAUGAUGUAGUGACAUGAACAUUCAUUUUGGUAGGUGUAAAAACCUAGGUUCCUUUUUUUUUCCUUUAAAAUGCAUGUCACUUUUCUAAAUUUGGACGUUUUUGUAGUCAGUGAAUGUCACACAGGGGGAGCUCUCUGUGAGUUCUUCUUAUUCCUUAGCUGCACUUUGUUAGUGACGGGGUAGGUAACUGAUCUGUCAGUCUGUUUAGAAGUGAUGUGAUCUAGACCCAGUUUAGACCCAGGCUAAUGAACAGUUAAGUUUCACUUUCAAUGCACUUGACAUUCUGCCAUGUAUGGCACUCUAAGAGUGUGCUCUGUGCUCAGACAGUGUGGUGCUGUAAAUAAGCAAACAUAUGUAUAUUUCCACAGUGCUCCCUAAUGUACGGUCAAAAAAUAGCCCCAAAACAGCUUGAAAAAUAGAAAUCGAUUUGUGGCAGCUGAUGUUUUGACAAAUAAAUGAAUGACUAUCCCAAGGCACACCUGUGUAAUAAUGAUGCUGUUUAUCAGCAUCUUAAUGGAUGAAGAGGUGCUCACUGACACAGAUUUAACAAAUUCGUGACCAACAUUUUGGAGAAAUAUAUCUAUUGGGUACACAGACAAGUAUUACAUGUUAAACCUGUGGAAAAUGGAAGCAAAAACAAAAAUGUUGCAAAAUGUUUGUUUGUCACUUGGGGGCAGAAAUGAACUGAUAAAAAUGAAAAAUGAAAUGGCUAACAUGUUAGCAAACAUAUCUGUCACACAUGGAGAUACAUUGGAAUUGCUUUGUCCUGUUUCUGGCAACCUGAUGUCAAACAUUAACUCUCCCCCUAGCUUUUGGUCUCCACCAACUUUUGACAAAUAUAACUAGUUGAAUUUUUUGUGUCUUGACCAGCUAGUUGCUAACUUUGUCUGUCUGCCUUCUGCUGCCAGGACAGGUACUGUGCAUCUUGUGUAAGGUAGCUUGUUUGCCUCAAACAGCUUUCUGCUGUGUCCAGAAACAAGGUUGAUGAGACUUGUGAGACCAGACAGUGAGUGAAGGCCAUAAAACCAAAACAGCUAAAUGAGCGCGUAAAAAGUCAUCGAGCUGAGUGUAACUGUACUGUGACUGUACUGUGACACUUCUCAGUGGAAUUGUCACUACAAGCCACUCUGUUCACAUUACACAUAGUGAGUUAUUGUGCAUAUAAAAAUGCAUUGAUUGGUGCCGCUUUAAAAAAAAUAAAGUUUACUGUGACAGUUCACUAUUUGCAA